AUCGCGUUUAAGGAGCCCACGAGCGCCACAGCCACUGACAGGUGUUCUUAAUUGGCGAGCUGCAGGUGAGAAAACGACAACAGAGGAGGACAUAUCGUUUCACUGAAAAUAUCGCAUUUAAAAACAAGAUUUAUCUAUAUUGUUACUAAAAGCAGUACAGCAAUGAUCCUUCUCGGCUUGAAGCUGAGCGUGGUACUCGUCCUUCUUCUCGGCUUCACGCGCCACCGUGUUCACGGAAUCUGCAGCGUGGAACAUUGCACUGACCGCACAAGAUGUGUUCUGUCUAAAGACCAAAGAAGCUGCAAAUGUGCCCUUGGAUAUUAUGCUGACCAAUGUGACAAAAAUGCACACAUCAAAGUUAUGUGCAGCAGAGACUUCAUAGCAAUCAGAGCAAUAGAAGAUUUCUUCAAGUAUCACAAUAUGUCGCUGGAGUCCCUGCACUUACCCAACAAAAUGUGCCGUGCUAAGAGAGAGGUCAUCCACGGUGUGGCGUACUACAUGUCCAGGAUAUCUAAAGACCAAUAUCUUGCAUGCGGAGGCAAGCCACUGGAGAAAAACUUGACUCACAUCUCCUAUUCCCUGAGUCUACUGUCAGACCCUCUGGUUGUUGGCAACAUCAUCAGAAAUCCAGUCAUUAAGAUAGAAUACAAAUGCAUCUAUCCAUACAUCAGAAGAGUCAGCCUGGCUUUCCCAGUCAUCCCUUCUUCCAGUGAGACGGUGAUGCGUGUAGAUGAACUUGAUGCCACGAUACAGCUGAUGUUGUACACAGACCGUUCCUACUCCAAGGCCUACACGAGUGCCCCCACCAUCGAACUCAGAGACAAGGUGUAUGUAGAGGUGACUGUCACAGAGCCUGUAGAUUUCUUCCUGCUCCGGAUUAAUGAGUGUUGGGCCACACAGUCUUCCCAGCCGAACACUACAGAGGGAUUGGUUCACACUCUGCUUCUGAACGGGUGUGUGAAUGACCAUACUGUUGCCUUUCUUAACGUGAGCGCGGGACAGUCUGGCCGUAACGGAGAAACUUCCACCAUUCGCUACAGCUUCGACAUGUUUCGCUUCACAUCAAUACCUCAUGACCUCUAUCUGCACUGCACUGUUCAGCUGUGCGAGCCAGAUGACUACAAGUCAUGCACCCCCAACUGUAAUUCGAUCAGUAAGAGAGAAGCAGUGAAAGCAGGCCCCACUCUGGGCCUCCUGUCGUAUGGACCCAUCAGGAUUGAAAUGCCAGACGGACAUCAAUCUAGUGUGCUGAUGACGGUGUUGCUGCCUGUAGCAGGUGUCUGGACUGUGGGCUUCUUCCUCAUCAUCCUCAUCACUGUGGCCAGCAGGCAGCAGGAGGCUUGCUCAAACUGGGGAGGACUGAAAACAAUACCGCUGCUGCUGGCAGCUUGAAUAAAACUUUCAAGAAAGCAUCCAUAUCUUGUUUUAAGAAUGAUAUAUCAGGACAUGAAUAAAACAAGUGUUGUGUCACAGCA